AUGGCAAACGCGACCACUCCCACCAUCUACUUCGGAUACGGCAGUAACCUCUGGCAACACCAAAUGCGCAUGAGAUGUCCAACUUCAGACUACCUCGGUGUCGCACGCCUUGACAACUAUCGCUGGAUGAUCAACGAUCGCGGUUACGCAAAUGUCGUCCAAGUCAAAUCACCCUCCUCUGUCGAACCAAACUAUGCCAAUGUCGUCUAUGGUCUUGUCUACUCGCUGCAACCAUCCGACGAAGAGAAGCUCGACAUCAACGAGGGCGUUCCAUUUGCCUAUACCAAGGAAGAUUUACCCGUCUCAUUCUGGGCCAAGGAGAAAGAGGACGAACCUGUUGACAUACACAAACCUGCAAAGAAGCAAGACAUGCUCGUCUACAUCAGUCGUGACCAUGUGACAGAUUCCGACCCUAAGCAUGAGUACAUCUAUCGCAUGAACAUGGGCAUACACGAUGCUCUCAAGGAAGGUGUGCCUGAUGAAUACGUCCAAGAGGUCAUGCGCAAGUUCAUUCCUCCUGAGCAUGACGACGCGCUCCGUGAUCAAGCUAUGCAGCAGGCCUUGGCUUUUGAGGAUGAGAGGUGA